AUGGUGCGGCAUCUCGAGUACCCUAAGAAACCUCACAAUACUGUGAAGAGAUACAACAACAGAGGAACUUAUGACCUUGGAAUCAUUCACUCAAUCAUCAACACCACCUCGGUCCUCCAUGUCUCGUUCGCCCCCAGCCCCGAGCAGCCCUUUCCCGCAAUCUUGCCAAUGAUUGGGGUUAUGGGUUCGUUCGAGUAUCCUUCAGCCAGCAUUGAGGAGCCGCUGGAUUGUUAUCUUCACGGAUAUGUCAGCUCGAGGAUUAUGCGCCUGGCUCGAGAAUCCCCGGACGGCCUGCCCCUCUGCGUCGCUGCCACCAAGGUCGAUGGCCUGGUGCUGUCCCUGACCCCCAAUUCCCAUAGUUACAACUACCGAUCGGCGGUUUUGCAGGGCUACGCCAAGCCAGUCGAGACGGACGAAGAGAAGCUGUACGCAAUGCGACUGAUCACCGACAAGGUGGUCGAUGGACGAUGGGAAAACACUCGAGUCCCCCCUGACAACGUCGAGAUGACUUCCACUACCAUUUUGAGAGUCAAGGUCGAAACCGGGAGCGGAAAGAUCCGGCAAGGAGGGCCUCAUGACGACGCAAAAGACGAGAAUAGAUCCGACAUCACCGAAAAGGUCUGGACCGGAGUGGUGCCCGUGUAUGAGGCGUUCGACGCCCCAAUACCCAGUGCCACCAAUAAGGUCAAGGACCUUCCACCAUAUCUUGGUUCAUACCUGUCCGAGACAAACGAUCACAACAGGGAGUCGGCUCUCAACGCUGUUAAGGAGCCAUGA